AUUCAUUCCUGAAUCGAGUAUUGACACAGAUAUCAGUCUAUGGAGAUUGAAUAUGUCGCUUUUGGCGCGCCAUGAACCGAGGGUAACAUGAUUGGUAUUUUCCCCAGCCGGCCCGGCCUCCCCUCCUUUUCCUUCCCCACAGUUUUCCGGUCUCUCCACACUUCUCCCAACCUCAAGCUUCCACAUAAUCCGUGCCUCUUUUUGUGUUCCCUCUUCAUUAUCCGACCAUGGAUUUUGGUAUCGACCAGGUGCCGCAGGGUGAAACGGCGUCAGUAUCGACAGCAUCUCCUGCUACACCGAUUUCUCCAAGACGAGCGUCUGUAGCUGAGUCCGUCGGUAAUCCGCCAUCCAGGAAGCGGAGAACUUCCUUCGCCCAUAUCAGUGAUCCACGACAGAAGCGCAAAGUCACGCGUGCAUGUGACACUUGCAAGUCAAAGAAGGCAAAAUGCUCUGGCACUCAACCAUGCGAUACAUGCGCAAAGCGAGGGAUCUCGUGUCUGUAUGAGGCGCGUUACCUACGUGGUAAACCCCCAACUCCACCACAGUCAGAGCCAAAUAGGCCUUUGCAUUCACUGGACCCCAUGGGAAGCAUAGAAGCUGCCAACGAACAAAGGCUGUUAAAUGCAAGCAUCAUUCCGACAUUCCAGCCUGUCAAUGUCCAUCAACAGCCGUCGAGCAGCAACCAGGCCACCCCAGAAGAUGCUUCCUCACAGACACAACCAACUGUCCAGGAACAAAGACUGCACGGGAAUGUAGCGAUAUUAAACCCUGUAUUGUCAAUAGAGCAUGGAGAGAGUCACGAUACUACCCUCCAACCUAGUAAGAGGGUAAUCCAUCAUGAUGUUCCUUCGCGAGGAUCUCCUGAUCUGGAAGUCGCCGGCCAAUUUUCAGAUUCUACGUCUGGCCAUUCAUUCCUCCAUCGCGCAUGGGUAAAGCUUUCCAACAAUCAACAUAGCCAGUUGUUGAGUGGCUCUCUAAGUUCAGGCGAAGAAAACCAAGGCCUUAUUCAUGCUGGCGACAAACCAUUCCAGGACUCUGGCCACAUUCAACUUCCAGCGGAGCGCCGAACCAUUGAACUCUUCGACCUAUACUUUGACGUAUGCAUCGCUACCUACCGUAUUCUACACAGACCAACUGUAAUGGAAUGGUAUCGUGUAAUGGUGCAUAACACUGAGCGGCAGCUUCCCAUUUGGCACGGAUUAACCCGGGCGCAGGCCGCGAUUGUUCUUACUGUGCUAACGAUAGCUACAUUUCACGAUGAAAUAAUUAGAAGUGGGGAAAUACCUACAUUUCCGUCCGUCAAUGAUGGAGUCUCUCCAUUGCGACACUCUGAUGCGCUUUUCUGUGAAGCGCUUCGUUUGACCGAGGCUGAGACGGGCUUUCCAAAGUUGGAAUCCGCCCAAGUGCGCAUAGUCCAGGUGCUUUACCUACUCAUGUCAUCGCGAAUGAAUCAAGCGUGGUACACAUUUGGUCAUGCCCUUCAGAUCAUCUCAGCCCUGGGACUACAUCGCUGCGAGGGACGAAAGCGUCCAUUGCAGAAGCGCGAUUACAUCGAGCAGCAGUGUCGGAUAAGGACAUUCUGGUCAGCAUAUAUUGUGGACAAGUACAUGGGUGUGGUCUUUGGUCGCCCUCGUCAUUAUCGCGAUGAUGAUAUCGACCAACACUUCCCGGACGCAGUUAAUGAUGAGGACAUGACAGCAGAUGGCCCAAUAGAGGGCACGGAUGAUAAAGACUGCCACAUCGACGCCCUAAUCUACCACGCAAAACUUGCUCAAAUUUUAGAGAAGAUAUCGAGCGAAGUCUAUUCGAUCAAGGCCGUUCCUGACCAUGAGCGCAUUGCCGCUUCACAUCGCUUGGGACGUGAACUACGCGACUGGAAAGCCUCGCUUCCGCCCCUGCUAGGUUCGAUCAACCCUUCAAGUCUCAUAGCGAGCUUUCGUCGGCAGUCAACAUCCAUGAACCUUUCCUACAUGCAGUGUGUGAUGCUCGCGCACCGUCCCUUUUUGCUGAAAAACCUCAGCAACCGACAGGAUACUCGUGAGAUGGCAAAUGAGAGCAUACGUGAAUGCCUCGCUGCAGCUCAGUCGGUACUUGAGGCUGUUGAUCGAUUGGCACGGGAUGGUAAACUGUUUCAUGCAUUCUGGUGGACUCAUUAUGUGUGCUUCUGUGCACUGAGUGUCGUCUACGUCUGGGCGAUUCAACAAACCGAUAACACUGGAGAGAAUGGUCAAAGCUACGCAAAAAUCUUUGAUCUCGCAGAGCGCUGCCUGACCCAUCUCGCCCAGGCGACAGCUAGCAAUUCACCAAGUCGCCGCUACAGCAUCAUUCUUCAGGAAUUACGGCUUGAGGCCAAACGGAGAACAGCCAGGCGGGGAUCUGAAGCAGCUCUAUUACACGAUAGCAACAGUGUUAAUGGGAAUGCUACCGCCCUUUAUCAAUCAAUGUCUGUGCCAGCUGCUGGUGGAUGGAAACCAAUGUUUGGUAGUCCUAUCGAUUCCGAUAUUUCGAACCUUCCUAAUUUCCUUGACGAUUGGCAGACGACAGACUGGCUUGAACUGGAUUCUUCCGCAUUCGUUGGGCUCGAUACCUCAUCCAUGAUGUGAUACGAGUGUCCAGAGCGCUAUGUUUGAGCACAGCCAAUACUUCUUCUAUACACUUAGAAACAUGAGCCACAAUUUAGGACUUCACUGUUCUGUGGUCACAGUUAGGUUUGAAAGAAGCUUGGAAUGGUUUUGUAAUGUAGUCCACUAUGUUUACCAAUGAUAC